GAUAAGCGACUUGCCCGCUCAGUGAACUCCGAAUGUUUUUGUCUAUGGGUUUUGAGCAGUUUUUCUAUGUGGCAACAAAUUGACAAUUCAUGUUCGAGCGCAUUUUGUUCUGCGACCGGCCGCCAUACUCAAACAAAAAGAUUGCGAUGAAAAGAUAAAUUUUAUAUUUAUUGCAAGUUGUUGAAGUGUUUUAAUUUACUAAAUGAGUUCUAAAUCAGAUGUAAAUAGAAGAGUACUCGCCAUUCAGGCGAAAAAGAAGCGUCAUAAACUAGGUAAGAAGAAGAAUCGUGAGGAGGAUCACGGCGGUGGUGGACAAGGAAACGGGCUGCGUAACCAGACCCAGAAUCGUUUAGAACCUACACAUAGCUCUUCCAAUGAGACGAUUGAAGAAGAUGAAGAUGAACAGUACGCUAGUGACGAUGAGGAACAAGAGGACAGUGCUGACUAUUGUAAGGGUGGAUACCAUCCUGUCAAAAUUGGAGACUUGUUCCUGAAUCGCUACCACGUCACUAGGAAGUUGGGAUGGGGUCACUUUUCAACAGUAUGGUUAUGUUGGGAUCUAGUUGACAAACGAUUUGUCGCAUUGAAAGUGGUGAAGUCGGCGCCCCACUUUACAGAAACAGCUCUAGACGAAAUCAAAAUACUGAAAGCAGUUCGUGACAGUGAUCCUACAGAUCCCAAACGGAAUAAAACAGUUCAGUUGUUGAACGAUUUUAAAAUAACUGGAGUGAAUGGCACUCAUGUAUGCAUGGUGUUUGAAGUGUUAGGCCACCACCUUUUGAAGCUCAUACUCAAGUCCAACUAUAGAGGAAUUCCUCGGGAAAAUGUGAAAAAUAUUAUACAUCAAGUAUUGGAGGCACUGGAUUACCUUCACACUAAAUGUAAGAUUAUUCAUACUGACAUUAAACCUGAAAAUGUCUUGGUUUGUGUUGAUGAGACUUAUAUUCGAAAAUUGGCAGCUGAAGCUACAGAACUACAUUCCCUGGGCUUAAGAUUGCCCCAUUCUUUGAUUAGUACUGCUCCUAAAGAGUUUCAAGAACAAGUGGUGACUGCUAAAAUGAGCAGAAACAAAAAGAAGAAACUCAAGAAAAAGGCUAAGCGUCAAUCUAUGCUAUUGAAGAAACAGAUGGAGCAAAUUGAGGAGAUGGAGGAACAGAAGAAGGUGGAGCCUAAUAGUGAAUCUGCUCCUAUGUCUCAAGACAUUGAUGACUCUCCACAGACCCCUGAGGAGGCCAGUGUGAUUGAGACCACUCGCUCUGAGAAUGACACCACAAUAAAUGGAUGCAGUGGUCUGCAGAGACCAGAUGAUGAGGCAUUUGAUACUGAUGCUGAGGCGGUGCAGGUGAGGAAUAAACAAUAUGGUUGUGGUGAUGAUGCUGGCACUCCAAUGUCUGAAGGAGAAAUGACUGACACACCUCCCUCUUUUAACUCUCAAUCUACUAAAGGUAAAACAAUGGAGAAAAAACCUGAUCCUGCAUUUGAGGUGUGUGAUUUGGAAGUUAAGAUAGCAGACCUUGGCAACGCAUGCUGGGUUCAUCGACACUUCACUGAAGACAUCCAAACAAGGCAGUAUCGAUCUCUUGAGGUUUUACUGAGUGCUGGAUAUGGGACCUCUGCUGACAUAUGGAGUACAGCUUGUAUGGCAUUUGAGCUGGCCACUGGAGAUUACCUAUUCGAGCCUCAUUCUGGUGAUGGCUACAGUAGAGAUGAAGAUCAUUUAGCACAUAUUAUAGAAUUGCUUGGAGACAUUCCCAAGAGAAUUGCAGCAUCUGGGAAGUAUUCCAAAGUAUUUUUCAACAAGAAAGGUGAACUGAGGAAUAUAACAGGUUUAAAACCUUGGGACUUAGUUUCAGUACUCACUGAAAAAUAUGAGUGGAGUCAGAAAGAUGCAGAAGAAUUUGCUGACUUCCUGAAACCCAUGCUUGAUUUUGAUCCUAAUCGCCGUGCCACUGCAUACGAGUGCCUUCAGCACCCGUGGUUGAAAAUAGUGAAGCCUGAAGAAAAGGAAUCUGAGGAAUAAUGUACAUGCUCUCUUUCUGAGUGAAUGUUCAUUCAUUCAUAAAAAUUAGUAGUGUCCACAUACAAAGAAUUUCAGUGUUUACAUUUUAAUCAAAGUUUAUUUAUGGAUUUGUUUGUGAAUAAUUUAAUUUGUAUCUAGAUUGUUUUGUUAGCAAUCUUUGAUUGGAAAAUAAAUUGUGUGCAACUACUGGGAUAAUGUCAAUACACAAGUAACAAAAAGUAGUGGCAGAGUAUAAGAUACACUUGCUGCUCAUAAGUUCAUAACUUCUUAUUGGUCAAACACUAGAAAUUGGCAUAAACAUAAGACAUCAUAAAUUAUCCGAUUGUACAGAUAGCUUUAGGAAAAAUUGUGAUGUAUGACAUGUAGACAAUAUAGGUUUUGUCACAUAAAUCUUUUAGGAAUUUAUUAGUUGACAUAGCUUGGCACAUAAACCAUCUAGAAGUGAGAACCUAAUAUGUAAAGUCAUGCAUGUAAACUGUAGCCAUUUGGGUAGUAUUUUCACAUAGUUUAAGUUUGUGUUUUAUCACUAUCACAAUAAAAAUCUCAUAAUGUAAACUUUAGGAAUAAGACAGUAUUUGUAAUGCCACACCUCCGAGACUGCCUUUUUAUAAUCAAUGAGUCAUCUAAAUUUAACAAUGGCUGGAGUCCACUGUCAUUGGAGGCAGUUUAUAUACAGUGUCCUCAACCAGCUGAUAGUUAUAUUAUUUAUCAUAGAUCCCAAUUUACAUGACCAUUUGUAUUAAUUAUAUCUGCAAAUUUACAUGAAUAAAAUGUCAAAACGAGCUUGUUA